AUGUUCCGUGAUGAAAGCCGGAAAGUUGAACGAAAAGUGAGGGCCUCCAGUCAACUGUCAUAUCAAACAGAAGAUCAACUACAGUCUUCAAGCUCUAGACAAUUGUCCCAACCACGGCAAUCAAAUAAUCCUUUUCACGUUUCACCAUCUCCUUUAGGACAGCCAUCUACUCCAGAUCUUGACAAAGGUGUAGAAUUUUUCUGCGACAACUACAUAACAUUCAUCUGCGACAGACCCACCGGUCGAGCAGCUCUUCCAUCGUCUAUAGCAUGGAACUUCCUCUUUACCAACCCUGGAUACUCAACUGCAUGUUCUGCUGCCGGAUAUGCAGGUCUGGCAAACAGUACAGGAGAUUCAGGUCACAUGAUUAAAGCAAGAAACCAGUACGUUUCGAGUAUACAUAAUAUUGAGAGUAAAAUCCAGGGAAACACGGAUCUGGCAAUGUCUUUUGAGUCAGCUAUCAUUUUGGCGGUGUUUGAGGUUGUUAAUGCUGGGAGCUGGAGUGUUCAUGUUCAGGGUGCGACGGCUAUAUUGAUGAGGAUGGCUGCGAAUGAUCAAGCGAUGCUACCAAGGACGCAGCUGUACUGGAUAUUUUUCGUGCUCGUAAAAUGUCUCGUAGCAGAAGAAUCAUCACCGCCAGGAAUCGAAAUCUGGUCCCAACAAAUCCAAACCCGAAUGAGAAGCGAUGACAUACCUGCAGCUCCUCUUGCCUACAUCACUUCACGCUUCACAGACUUAUACGCAUCAGUCAAAAGCGGAAGACUAGUAGAUUCAGAACUCAUCAUCCAGCAAGCAACAGCACUAGAAAUCGAGCUCGAUUCCUGGGAACAAAAUCUCCCUAUAUCCUGGUAUUUCACCGACAAGACCCCAGAAAACACCUCUCACGCCUUUCAAAACACAUCUCAUACCUAUCACAACUUCUGGGUUGCACGUAUGCUCAGCAACUACCGCUGGACCCGCAUCCUCGUCAACAACCUUCUCCUCUUCCACCUCUCCCACUCUCACCCAUCCCGACCCACUGCACUAUCAACCAUCUCACGUCUCUCAACCGAUAUCUGCCACAGCGUCGCUUCGUUUCUCGAACCUUGUAUCAUUGAAGAAGGACAGCGUUCGCCGUAUCCUGUUCUUUCCGGCUGUGUUUUUAUCAUCUUUCCGCUGGCGGUGGCGGGAUGUGGGAUUGGUGUUGGGGAAGAAAUGCAUGAGUGGGUUGUGGGGACCCUGGAGAUGUUGGGGGGACGUUUGGGGAUUGUGAGUGCGUUGAGGUUGGUUGGGGUUGUGAGGAGGUUGAGGGGGGAGUGGGCCGGUUUUGGUGGGGUAGAGUGA